CGACAGAUCGACAAGGGAAGACGUAUUCCCGCAGCCCACUGUUUUAAACCAUGGGGCUAAUCGAAGGGAUUAUGAGCGGACCCUGGUUUCCAAUCAGCGCCUAUCGACUUUUCCACUUGAUCGCCGUCUUUUGUCUGGUGGCGUUCCUGCUGAAAAUAACGCGACUGUUUUUGAGGAGAAGAGAGGCGAUCAAAAUAAUGAAACAGUUUCCCGGACCCCCGAUGCACUGGCUGUAUGGGCACGUGCAUGAGUUUAAACAGGAUGGAACAGAUCUGGACUUAGCCGCUGCCUGGGGAAAUAUGUAUCGUGGUGUCUUCCCAGUAUGGUUUGGACCUUUUCUACCAUACCUCCAAAUUUCUCAUCCUGAUUAUGCUAAGACCAUUCUCGCUACAACAGAACCAAAAGACGGUGUUUCAUACAGAUUUCUGAUUCCAUGGAUUGGUGAAGGUUUGCUAGUUUCUGAUGGCAGCAAAUGGUUCGGACAUAGAAGACUCCUGACACCUGGAUUUCAUUAUGAUAUCUUAAAACCAUAUGUGAAAGUAAUGGGGGAUUCUGUAAAUGUUCUGCUGAAAAAGCUGGAAAAAAUUGUAACCAGUUCUGAUGAGUCUGUGGAACUAUUUCAGCACAUAAGCCUCCUGACGCUUGAUAUCAUACUGAAAUGUGCUUUCAGUUACAAAAGUAACUGUCAGCUGGAAAGUGAUACAGACUCAUAUGUUCAGGCUGUAUAUGACCUUUGUCAUUUCAUAAAUAAAAGAUUUAGGACAUUUCCAUUACACAGUGACAUUAUUUUCCAUCUUAGCCCAAUUGGAUACAAGUUCAGAAAAUCCUGCAAGAUAUCCCAUCAUCACACAGAAGAAGUGAUCAAAGAAAGAAAAAAAGUUCUGAAGGACGAGAAAGAACUUUCUAAAAUUCAACAGAAACGAUACCUUGACUUCCUGGAUAUUCUGCUGUCUGCUACAGAUGAAGAUGGCAAAGGCCUUUCCGAUGAGGACAUUAGGGCAGAGGUGGACACAUUUAUGUUUGAAGGACAUGACACCACAGCUAGUGCCAUUUCUUGGAUCCUGUACAAUUUGGCUUUACACCCAGAACACCAGCAAAAAUGCAGAGAAGAAAUACAGGAUAUACUUUCAGGGGAAGAAACCAUGGACUGGGAGCAUCUAAGUAAAAUACCAUACACUACUAUGUGCAUAAAGGAAUCUCUUCGUUUAUGUCCACCGGUACCUGGAAUAGCAAGGAGAUUAACAAAAACAAUACAGUUUCCUGAUGGAAGAACUCUACCUGAAGGUUUUCAUGUUGGAGUUAGUAUUUACUCUAUCCAUAGAUGUGAAAGUGUUUGGGAGAAUCCAGAGGUGUUUGAUCCCCUGAGGUUUUCAGCAGAGCAAUCGGCUAAGAGACAUUCUUUUGCAUACAUACCAUUCUCAGCUGGACCAAGAAACUGCAUUGGACAAAACUUUGCCAUGAAUGAAAUUAAGGUUGCUGUUGCAAUGACGCUGAGAAGGUAUGAGUUGGCUGUUGAUCCUUCCAAGAUUCCAAAAAAGAUCCCAAAGUUGGUUCUGCGCUCACUGAAUGGAAUUCACUUGAAGAUCAAAAAGCUGAACUAAAGAACAAGUUUGUAUGGUUUAAAAGAAUGUUAUUUUUCACCCCAAGAAUCUGAACUGGAUAUAACGGUAAAAAUUGUCUGGGUUGGUUUUUUUUGGUGAUGAAGGUGGCUAAAUUUUUAUUAAUUGUGUUAAAAUUGAUUAUAUUGAUUGGCUUCUCAAUGUACAAUGUAUUUUUAACAAGCUAUGUUACCUCAUGCAAUAAAGACAGCAAGAAAUAUUAACUAA